CGGAAAGGCGAACCACAUCUUCUGGCACGUAGCCUGCCGCGAACCUCGCCCCAUAUGAGUGAGCCACCACUCUCUAUCAAGCACCCUCCAUCCACAUGCAGAGGUACUCCGCCGUGUCACUCUUCACGCGUCACGCAUCGAUAUGCGUCGCCUGUCCAUCCCGGCCAGUUCCAAAUCCAGUCCUGACCUGGCUGCCCCCGCGUCUCGAUACCGCCAUGCGAAACCACUGAAUCCCGCGCUUCUCGACCUGUGCCAGGCCACGCUCGAGGAGAAGCUAUACUCCCAAGCCUUCGCCCUCCUUUCAGCCGCCCUGACUGCAGGCACGGGCAGCUUGGCCCCGGCUCACCUCCCUCCGCCACACUACCUGGCCUUUGCUGCCACUCUCGUCGUUCACCCCCAGCUGACCUCCCGAACAUCCUCCACCGACAAACACGCCGCUGCCGAUGACGCCUUGAGGUAUCUCCGCCACGUCAACGCCAUUCUCGGCCCACGCAACGCGUCACUCCAUCACGCAUUCUGCUUCAAUGCCGACGCUCUGUCCUCCCGCUUCCAGCGCGCCAAGUCCCGAGCGUCGGAGCUCAUCAGCGUGGAGGAGGACGUGAACGAUGCGUCCCUCCACUCCACUUACGCCAACCAAGGCUCCUUAUGGAACCAAGCCCCGGACUUCUGGAGCAUCGUUGGCUGGGCGCUGAACUGCGCCGUUGCUCAUCCUAAGAGAUGGGCGAGAUGGAAACUGCUACUUGCCUUCCUGUUGGAUGUGCUCGAAGACGACCUGGCCGAGCGGCUACCCGCCGCCAAAGCCGCUUACCAAUCUGGAGGUACUACGGCCGUUCAGGAAUCACUCAAGGAUUCACUAUUCGCACACUACCUAUCACUCAUCGGCCAAGGACGCAACAAUAAACGCAGAGUAAUGCGUGCCAUCUUCGCAAACGGGUCGUCCAAGAGUCUCGCCGAGUUUGGCGAAAUCUGGCGCAACGAGACGAAGCCACCCAAGCAGCCUCGGGAAGACCUAUUCGCCAAACGUCGAAAGCUGGACCUCGAUAACGGCGAGUUCGGCGACUACCUCGACGAGUCGGAUGAGGACAGUCCAGGCGGCUCCUUACGCCGCUCAAGAUCUGCAACGGCUAUCCACAGUGCCCCGCGGAGCAAUACAGCGACUGACGGUGGGGAAGAGAGUGAUGAGGAGUCCAGCGACCGCAGACCCACAGACGACACCCCUCUCCAGACUGAUGUGGAAGCAUGGGGCGGCAUGGAUGCAGUUCGCCUCCGCCAGCGACUCCUCGCGUUCCUUGCGCACUUCUGUGCUGCCAACCCCAACGGCUUCCUCGACAGCGAGGAUCUCUUUGAUCUGUACACCGAGUUCAUCCGCCCCCUGCCGCUCCCAGUCUUCCAGCAAUUCACUCUGCCGGCGAAAGCGUAUCUACCCCAACAAAGCCAGGCCUCCCUGAAUCAGAUGCUGCUGCGGCCACUGCUGGUAGCCACUGCACCACCGUACAGCGAGACUCCUCCCACGCAAGGCGACUUUGAAACAUACUACGCCCCUCAUGCGGCAAGCAACACAAGCGCGGUCGACAAUGCCAAAGUCAGUCUUCUCCUUGAAAGUCUGCUGAGGUCGCUGUGGACCACUGGCGGUUUGGCGGCCACGCGAGGCCUUCGCAAUCUCGUCCAGCAGGGCAUCACAGCGCGCACCGAGAAGACAGGGUGGGAUGGGAGGAAGAAGGUGGGCUUCAAGGCCAGCGCGGACAAGGAAGCGCUGAAUGUGCUGAAGUGCUCUUCUGAGCGCAUGCAAAUGAUGCUCGAUAUGACUACAUAAUGCCUGCUAGCGAUGUUACAUGUAUAGAGACUGCAUUUGACACGCAGCGUUGGAGUUUGACACCGCUUCACCAGCUAUACCAC